CCCACUUUCACUCACACUCACACUCCCUCACACUGCUACUCUCACUCUCACUCACGCUCGCUUUCACACUCACUCGUCCACCCCCUGGAAAAGAAUUGCGUCCGAAGGUAGUUCCUUCUAACUCAUGAUUUCAGCACCUGCGCAGUAGAGUUUAGGUGCACUGUCCACUGCCUCAAAAACCCUGCAAACAGUGAGUUCGGCAGAUGAACCUGGCCAUGCAGCACAGUCCUUCCUCCCUCACAGAAAGUGUCACGAGAUCCGUGCGGAUAUCGUAUUGCCAUUCUGCGCUGUUGAUGUGCCAGCUCUGCUCGCGGUUCACUCCACACCUAAUGUUUGUGUGUGGCGCAACACCCUCCUGGCACCGCUACUAGGAACAAGGACUCCUGGCAUCGCCACUAGGAACAAGAACGCUACUAGGGGCUCCUGGCAUCGCUACUAAGAUGAAGAACGCUACUAGGGGUCAGGAGGGAACAGCCGAACAUAAACAUUAGUUUGAUCAGGCAUUUGGACAUGGGGCCCCAACAUGUUCAAAAAUGUAUGCGCAAAAUCGCUCAGCCCUGCAAAGAUGAACGGUUUUUUUGGGGCCAGCACCGCAUAUAAACUGUUGCAACAUACGCCGCGUAGAGCAAGGACCACCAACAGUGAGCAAGUGUGCAGUGCGCUACACAUGCGGUGCUCACAAGAUGAACUGCGCGUAUCACUCACUGUGUAUGCAGGGAAAAUGCGGCAGGUGCCAGUUUUGGAACACGCCUCCUCAACAAUGGCUCACCAACGCGAUCGCGCAAAACCCCUCCUGGAUGGAAGCCGCCUAGACUUCGUCGUGUAGUGCGCCACGCGCCACGGCGAAACUGCGUGCGAGCCUCCCGCAGCCUGGAGCGUCCUGCUACAAGGGGCGUGCUCUCCAUUCCGCUUGCAGCCACGAGAAGGACCGGUUCCCAGGACUCAAGCGCAUCAUUGUCGCAGUUGCGACCGGUGGGCGCUGGAGGAGGUUGGCAGCGGUGGUAGUGAGCGUGCGAUAAACUAUUUUUUUGGACCAGCAAUCACGUCCUUGCAGGGGUGAUGUUGCCGGCGCAUGCGCUUCCCUCCAAGCAUCCUUCAACCGUUGAGUAGUCGGCAGGAGCGCUCAUCCUCCAUCAUGCUUUUGCUGGGCCUGUUAGCCAGCACCACAUAUAGGCAGCUGGAACCCGCAAUGCUUGCGUCAGCAAUCUGUGCAUCUAGCCCGCCGCCGCAAGCAGCCCGCGCAUUGUGUUACCACAGUGCCUGGCACAAACCUGGAUAAGGUGGUGUUUUGGUCGUGUUUCUCUGGUUCUGCUGGAUGACGGGAUGUGACGGGCGAUGCACGACAGGGAAGUUAUAGCCACCACUGCUGAGUUGAACGCUUCCCGAGCGUCCUUUGUGCAUUCCUGACCUGACACAAGUUACUUCUGCGUUACCCGAACUCCACGAACCGCAGCCGGCCCACAGGACAGUACCCAUGACCAUGUCGACCCCUAUGCUCCGGACGGUGCUCCAAGUUGGUCCAUGUUCAACUUGCGGAGUGCUCCUUCCAAAAUUAUUGAUGCGGCAUCCUGCCACUGCCACAUGGGAUGUCAAGUGCCCACAUUCAGGGGUCCAUGCGCGCUGUCAAGAAAAAUUGCAGGUUCCGAACUGCAGGCGAUCAACAUUUGUGUAGGAGCACUCUUUCGCGUUGGGACAACGUCCUUGAAAACAUAUCUGUUUCUGGAAGGUGGGCGGGGCAAACACCUCCAACAUCCAUCGUGAAAAGGUUGCGCAGCAAUGGAGGCCAUCGCUAUUAAGUUGGAAGCCAUCGCUCUUAGGUUGGGGGUGCUAGUAGGUUGGAGAUGGUUGGAGGCUUCUUCGUCCUAUCACCUCCACAGAUGAUGUCACAAUGACGCUGGUCAGUGACGAGUCACUUUCAGCGGGGGCAGGUUGGAAUAGCCAAGUCAGUGCAACGAAAAUCCAACUGCGUGCGCGGGGUUGUUUGCCCGCAGGAGGCUGCGCAAACCUACCAAAUAUUUAUACAGUGUUACAGAAUACCUUCGUUCACGGUUUGAACAAUCUCAUCCAAUUCUACGUUUCCGGCCUUCGAUCAGGCGAGUGUGGAAGCGCCGCCAAGCAGCGCAUCAAGAGUGCGGCCGCCAAAUCGCGAACAGAUCGGGUGACGAAUUUGGCGUGGGUUCGUGCGUUUCUUCGCCUGUAUCCUUGCCAUGUGUGUGCGCAGGAAUUUGUCGAUGUUUGUCGCGACUUGCCUCCACGUUUCGAAAGCAGAGACGAUUAUGUCAUGUGGUGGUGCGAGGCCCACAAUCGAGUGCGCUCUGACCUCGCUCAGCAACCAAUCAGGUGUGAACUUCAAGACCUUUUGGUGGCGGGGCGGGCUGGGCAGACUUUGGCGGAGGCAGCUGAGUGCCAUGCGAC